CCCGAGUGAAAGGAGAAGGAGGGGCAGCGGGGGUGACGGUGCGGGAGCCGCUGGCAGCGCCGGGAAGAUAGUCGGCGGCCCGGGCCGGAGGAGAAGGUGGACCAGAGGCCAGGUCAACUGCCCGGACCCUCCGACGCAGCCCCAGACCGAGCGGCAGCGGUUUCUGGAGAGGUGGGGAGGCGCUGCCAAACCCCAGCUGGGGAAGAUGUUCAACGUGGAGUCGGUGGAGCGGGUGGAGCUGUGCGAGAGCCUUCUCACUUGGAUCCAGACAUUUAAUGUGGAUGCACCAUGCCAGACCGUAGAAGAUUUAACGAAUGGGGUUGUGAUGGCCCAGGUUCUUCAAAAAAUAGAUCCUGCAUAUUUUGAUGAAAAUUGGCUGAACAGAAUCAAAACCGAAGUAGGAGAUAAUUGGAGGCUAAAGAUUAGCAAUUUAAAGAAAAUUUUGAAAGGAAUCCUGGAUUACAAUCAUGAGAUUUUAGGACAGCAGAUUAAUGACUUUACCCUUCCCGAUGUGAACCUCAUUGGGGAACAUUCUGAUGCCGCAGAGCUUGGAAGGAUGCUUCAACUCAUCUUAGGCUGUGCUGUGAACUGUGAACAGAAGCAAGAGUACAUCCAAGCCAUUAUGAUGAUGGAGGAAUCUGUUCAACAUGUUGUUAUGACAGCCAUUCAAGAGCUGAUGAGCAAGGAAUCUCCUGUCUCUGCUGGAAAUGAUGCCUAUGUUGACCUUGAUCGCCAGUUGAAGAAAACUACAGAGGAACUAAAUGAAGCUUUGUCAGCAAAGGAAGAAAUUGCACAGAGGUGCCAUGAACUGGAUAUGCAGGUUGCAGCGUUGCAAGAGGAGAAAAGUAGUCUUUUGGCAGAGAAUCAGGUAUUAAUGGAGAGACUUAAUCAGUCUGAUUCUAUAGAAGAUCCUAACAGUCCUGCAGGAAGAAGGCAUCUGCAGCUCCAAACUCAAUUAGAACAACUCCAAGAAGAAACAUUCAGACUAGAAGCAGCCAAAGAUGAUUAUCGUAUACGCUGUGAAGAGUUAGAAAAGGAAAUCUCUGAACUCCGGCAACAGAAUGAUGAACUAACCACUUUGGCAGAUGAUGCUCAGUCUCUAAAAGAUGAAAUAGAUGUUCUUAGACAUUCUUCUGAUAAAGUGUCUAAACUAGAAGGCCAAGUGGAAUCAUAUAAAAAGAAGCUAGAAGAUCUUGGUGAUUUGAGGCGUCAGGUUAAACUCUUAGAAGAAAAGAAUACUAUGUAUAUGCAGAACACUGUCAGUCUAGAGGAAGAGUUAAGAAAAGCCAAUGCAGCUCGAAGUCAACUUGAGACAUAUAAGAGACAGGUGGUAGAACUACAAAAUAGAUUAUCUGAAGAAUCAAAGAAAGCAGAUAAAUUAGAUUUUGAAUAUAAGCGGCUAAAAGAAAAAGUUGACAGUCUUCAAAAAGAAAAAGAUAGGCUAAGAACAGAAAGGGACUCUCUGAAGGAAACUAUCGAAGAGCUUCGUUGUGUACAGGCUCAAGAAGGACAGCUCACAACUCAAGGGUUAAUGCCUUUGGGAAGUCAAGAAUCUUCGGAUAGUCUGGCAGCAGAGAUUGUUACACCUGAAAUCAGGGAGAAACUUAUUCGUCUUCAGCAUGAGAAUAAAAUGUUAAAAAUUAACCAAGAGGGUUCAGACAAUGAAAAAAUUGCCUUAUUGCAGAGUCUUCUGGAUGAUGCAAAUCUACGCAAGAAUGAACUGGAGACAGAGAAUAGGCUGGUGAAUCAGAGACUUCUGGAAGUACAGUCACAAGUUGAAGAACUGCAAAAAUCUUUACAGGAUCAAGGCUCAAAAGCAGAAGAUGCUAUUUCAGUUCUUCUAAAAAAGAAGCUUGAAGAACAUCUGGAGAAGCUGCAUGAAGCCAAUAAUGAAUUGCAGAAGAAAAGAGCCAUUAUUGAAGAUCUUGAGCCACGAUUUAAUAACAGCUCCUUAAAGAUUGAAGAAUUACAAGAAGCUUUACGAAAGAAAGAAGAGGAAAUGAAGCAAAUGGAAGAACGAUAUAAAAAAUACUUAGAGAAAGCCAAAAGUGUUAUCCGUACUUUAGAUCCUAAGCAGAAUCAAGGAGCAGCACCAGAAAUACAAGCUCUUAAAAAUCAGCUCCAGGAACGGGACCGAUUGUUCCAUUCUUUAGAGAAAGAAUAUGAGAAAACCAAGAGUCAAAGGGAAAUGGAGGAGAAGUUUAUUGUUAGUGCCUGGUACAAUAUGGGAAUGACCCUGCAUAAAAAGGCGGCUGAAGAUAGACUUGCUAGUACAGGAUCAGGGCAGUCAUUUCUGGCUAGGCAAAGACAGGCCACCAGCACAAGAAGGUCUUACCCCGGCCACGUUCAGCCAGCCACAGCAAGGUAGACACGUCCUGCCGUCAGCAUAAAGGAACACCCUCCGUUCAAAGCAUACUUCUGUUACAUAUGACAACAUUUCAGGAAAUUCAGCCAGCUUAUUUUUUGUCUCGUUUAUGUUGAUAUUUAGUUGUUUCUCAUUUGAGGACUUUCUCUCUCCUAUAAUAUUUUAGUUUCUUGGUUCUUUAUGUUGUAGUCCUUUCAGUUCCUUUUAAUGUGCCAAAAAUUUUUAAAUGCCCAGUUAAAAGUGUUGUAUAAUAGUGUAGUACUUUUCUUUGUAUGACAAAUGUCCUUUCCCCAAUGGUGUAGGCUUUGUAAUGAAUUAGAUUUUCUGCCAAUAAUUGAUAUACAAUUUAUAUUCUUUAUUGUGCCUCUGUGUUACCAUGCUUUAUAAGAAUGUCUUUGUUUAAAGGGAAUUAAUCUUUUUAUGAUGUAUUAAUCUGUGUUUUCAAUUGUUUUCCAACGCACUUCAAAUAACUUGCAUAUUUACUAUAUAAAAUGGUUGGCAAGUGCACUUUUUGCAAAGACAUAAAUACAUUGGCAGAGGUGCUAAUCAGAUGUUACCUAAGGCACCUGAUAGAUUUAUUUAGAAGGGGAAAAAUUAAGUUUUCCACAUUGUUUUAUAGGAAAUUAAAUUUGUCCAAAGAUUUGGAAACUAUUUUUAAGACAUACAUAAAAUUUCAUUAUUCCUUGCUAUCUUGUUUGCUGACAGAAGAUAAUGCAUUGGUUAGGUUAUUUGGCGGGAAAUUACAGAACAAAAGAAUCAGGCAGUGCAUUAAUCUUUUUCUUGUUUUGGAAUAUCAUAGUAACUAAGGAUCAAAUUCUAGCAACAAGGCUGACAUUUACAGUUUCACCCACCCUCCACAUCUAAAAGGUUAUUUUUCAUAUACUUAGAAGUAAUAGAUAGCCUUAGCUUUUGGACAGUUUCCUUGUUGCACCUCAUUUUACUUAUUCUUGAAUAUAAAUCCUCCCAUUUCUCGGUAAUUCCUAAACCUAACAUCUUAAUAUCAGUCCUUAAGAUCAAUAAGUGACUUCUUCUGUGUGAUGUUAUGACAAGUCUCUUAACAUUUUUUUCUGAAUUCUAUGUACUAGUCCAAGAAUCUGCUGCUGAAUAGAUUCUCUUGGGUAUUUGGUUGCCUCAAAGUUCUUAGAUUUGUUGACAGAUUGUAAACCAUGUUCAUUUACAUUGAUGAAUGGCUAUCAAGUCAUAAUGAUUGUAAAGCACUUUGGCUGUAUAAGGUGCUAUAUAAAUGUGAAACAGCAUUCAUUUGAAAAUGAAAUGCCUCUGCCUGACUUCCCAUAUUGACUUAAGUAUUUGGUCCCAAAUCAUAUCUAAGUUCCUCUCCAGCCUUUUUCUUGUACCAUAGCCAAUUUUAAAGCAUAAAAUUAUUGAAAUUGGGUUGAUUGGUUGCUUGGUUGGUUUUGGUUUCAGAUACGUCCCCUAAUAAGAUUUUAUUUCAUGUACUUGCUAUUUGGAAGUUCAGGUUUCAUUUAGUCCUAUAGAUUAAGUACAAAUGAAUAACUCUAAAUCAAGUUAAGUGUAAUUAAGAAUUUUCAGAAGCUAUAUUCACAUGUUUGAUUUUAAAUCCUUACUUUCUUGUUUAUAAGAAAAUUGGCCUAAAAUUAGUAGUGUUUUCAUUUGUCCUCCGAAACCGUUCUUAAAGAAAGGUAUUAGAGGAUACAUGGAAAUGACUCCAUACAUUGUGCUCAUUUUUUACAUUAAGAACAGAAGUUUGAGCGUAGUAUGAAUGCUUCUGCCUGAUAAGACUAUAAAACAGGAAGUAUUAGUAAUAAUGGAGAGAACCAUAUAACUAGAAUGCAUUGUGGGUUUCAGGAGGCUAAGCAGGCCUCAUGAACAUGGGCAAAUGUAACAAUAAAAGAUUAAAAACUAGUUAAGAUGGUUCUUACCCCUGCCCCCUUAUUUCACAAAUGACAUAAGGACUUAGCUAUCUUAUUUAAAACAGGGCAUGAACACUAACCUUGGUAACUUUAAAUUAUUUGGAAAUUAUACUACCUGCAGAAUAAGAUAGAUGAAAAUAAAAGUCUAUGAGCUCUUUAUUAAAUGGAUUAUAUCCUAUGAGAUGUGAGGUUUUAAUUCUUAGUUCUCUGUCUACUGCCCCAGUCCUGACCUCCUACCUACCAGGUGCCAAACUUUAGAAGCAAGUUUUACUUAUUUUUCUUUGGCAUCUCUUGCAUGCUGUUAUUUUGGUGUUUACAUUCAUAACUUUCACGCUCCUUUACUGUACCUUUAUGGGUUUAGUAUGUUACUUUCAUUACAUAGCAGAAAUUAUAUUUCUGAACAUUCUGGUGUUCUUUUAAAAAGCCAGAAUAAAACUUAGCUGUAGCAGUAACAGCCCUGUUUCCCUUGCCCAGCUCUCCGCAGGCAGGAUUUAUAAAUUGCUAUUUCUCCAGUAAUGAUUAAUAAUUUCUCAGGAGGUUUGUCGGGAAGUUAAAAGCCAUUGGGCACUUUACCUAGAUAUGAGCUAUACUGUGCUAUAUUCUUACAGACCCCUUGUAUACAGUAGCUUCCUGAAGCCACAGUUUGCUCGUACAGUGGAGCUAUAGCUAUAGCCUGGCCUCCGCAGUGGAGUAAGUACAGUGUUACCGCAUUCGCUUGCGGUGACCCAUCCCCGCAGUGUUGAAUUCUUAUGAACAAAAAGCUUAUUUUGUUUUCCUUCUAACCAGGGUAAGAAAAUAGAAAGUAAAUAACUAAAGAGUUUUAAAGAGUAACAUUUAUGUUCUGCAGUGUGCAUUUACAAAGUUUGUGAUCAGAAAAAAUCCAACAAAUACUGUAGUUUUACCACAUAAAAAGAGAAUAAAUAAUACAAUUGUACAUAUCUUAAAAGAGCUUCAAAACCUCAAUCAUAUCAUUUGUCUAUAAUAACCAAGAAAAAGAAGUCCCUAAAUAAAGUACCCAUGUUCCAAAAUUGAUUAAGAUUGCAUUAUUUGUAUUUGAUAGCCCCAACCUGGUAAAAUUGGCUUGGUGAGAUGUGAGAUGAGUAGAUUAUAAUAGGAUAAUUUUGCAUUUGUAAUUCUGUUGAAGUUUUAUUGUUUUGUUAUACAGUAAAGCUCAAUUGUAAAAAAUUAAGCUACAUGUUAUCCAGUCAGAAACAUUGGCCCUGACUUUGCAUCAGUCCCCGCACAGGCAGGAAAAUCCACACUGUGCAAGCACAAGUGAUCAGUGAAAGAUGAGUUAGGCUGAAAAGAUCAAUUUAUUAGCUAGUUUACUCACCUCUCCUUUUCAAUAGCAGUUUUGUUUAUUUUUGUUAGCUAAUGAUACAAAGUAUUUUCGAGUGUCUCUUGCUCUCAGACAAACAUUCAAUCUUCUCAAGCUAACACCAUGUUAAAAAAUUGAAAAUCCUUAUCCCAAAAUGAGAAUUAUCUGGAAACCAAAAUAUAAAUUUUUAACAUUAUCUUAACUCUCUGCAUUUAAUUUUCAAUCGCCCAGAUCUCAGACUCUGGAAUGCUACAGUUCUCUCCAGUUGGAACAUGUGAGAUUAUCUGAAAAAGCACCCAUAACCCAAAGCUACCGCACACCCAGCUAGUUUCCAACCCUGAGGGUAAGAAUACCAUGAUUCUAAAGUGAGGGGAAAGUGCUUGGUGUUUGACUUUUUGCUGAUUGCAGAAUAACAGCCUUAAGGCAAAAUGCUUUCUGUUGCCUGUUAAACUAUGGAAGGAAACGUUGACUUUUCACCCUUGUGACUCGUUGCGCUGAUGUAGCAUUCAUUAUACUUCCAAGUCAAGCCUGUGUGAUGCCCUGAAGUAGAUGAAGGAGUGUAUUUACAAAAGAAAUGGGGUAUCGUAAUCUUUGAAAAUUAUUUUAGCGUGCUUUUUAUUUUCCCUUUUUCUGAGUUGAGAGGGUCAUUAGAUAGUGAUAAUCUCUUUUUCUAUAGUCCCAGCUGUCAAAAUGGCAGCUUAUUUUGGUAGUUGUACCACCCAGUUUCAUUACAUUUAGAAAGUGGUUCCAGAGCUUAUUCUUUGUAACUAUAAUGAUCCUAAUAUUUUAUAUCAUGAAGUUUUUAUAUGAGGAAGGCUAUUCUCAAUGUAUCUGUCAUCCAACUUUUUUACUUUCUAUAAAGCAUAUUUAAAUAAUAA